CAUCUGUAACAGAUUCUUAUUUGAGAGUUAAUACACCAUUUUUAACAAAAUGUUGCAAUAAAUGGGUUUGUGAUAACUGUUUAAAAGAAAAUCCAAGAUUUCAAAAUUAUUGUCCUCUUUGUCAAAAAAUAAAUCAAAAUAUUUUAUACUCAAAUGAAAAGUAUACCGACGAACCACCGAGUUACGAAGAAGUUAUAAAUUCUACUACUAAUAACGAUAAUCCUUCAUUUUUACAAAAUAUUGAAAAAAACGAACUUGAUGGACCAAAUCUUGGUGUAAUUCAUCAUAUAAAAAAAGAGGAUACGUUGAUAGGAAUAUCUUUAAAAUAUAAUGUUAAGAUAACAGAAAUUCGUAAAGAAAAUCAACUAUUUGAUGAUAACAUUUUUGCUCGUAAAAUAUUGAUUAUUCCAAAUUACGUUGGCCAGUCUUUAUCCGCAAACCCUUCUAAAGAAGAUGUAAGAAAAACUCUAGUGAAACGUUUUCAACUGCAAUCAAAAUGUGUUGACACGGUGGAAGCAAAAUAUUAUAUGGAGCAAUCAAAUUACGAUAUUAAUAAAGCUGUUCAAAUAUACAGAGAAGAUAUUUUAUGGGAAAUUCAACAUCCUAAAAGAGAUGAUACUUUUAACUCCCGUAAAUUAUUUAUUCGGAAUGAUGAAAAGAUUAAAAAAUUGUAA